UGCCAUAGCCCCGGGACUGAGUCCAGAGCAGCUGGAGUUUGUCUUUUCUCGAGAACUCGUCUUAUUUCUGCGAAAACAGCUCUCCAAUCAGGUCCUUGCCACUCAUGCAGAGGCCUGUGCCGCAGUGACCCGUCUUAUGCAGAGCCUGCACUCCGACAACCACGGCGUGGUGGACACCAACAACGACUGCAGAUUUCCUGACCCCUCGAAGGUCACCCGGGAGACCAGUAAUGCAGACGUUCUCUUUACCAUCUUUUGCAAACACUGUCCGCUCUUCGAUGGCACGGCUGCCGCCAAAGCCCCGCGUAUUAUGUCGGUAAUUAUGCGAAAAUUAGUACUCCUCAGGGACCUACUUAAGACUGUUUGAGUAGACAUGAAGUGUAACUCUUAUGAAAUUGGUUCUUCAGGCCCUUUUGGAGGCGGGCGCUGGUGUGAUUACCAACGAGGAACUUUUCUCCUGGGCCCAAGUCCUACAGAAGCUCUUCCUCACUGGAAGUGAAGCCGCGCCGGAUGCGACAGCGGCAGUAACUGAAAA